AUGAAUGUUUUAAUAUUUAUUUUCAAAGAGAAAGACCUGACCAAGGCAAUGUUUACCCAAUUGCUCCUCGUUCUUGGAUUGACGGCUGUAUACUGCUACGACGCCGGAGAUGGAAUAUUGUGGAAAUCGGACGGUUUUCAUUCUCGUGCAAUACGAAGUGUCAGGCAAUGGAUGCCAAAUAACGAUCAUCAGAUGGCGAUGAUGCAGAGGAUGAACAAUGCCCGUACACUAUCCUGGCAACCGGGAGCGUUCCAUGGAAACGGUCACGUGCAACGCAUGCAGAAUCGACCAUACUGGAUUUCGCGGGUUUAUCCCGUCCCUUUUAAUGCACAGGCAAUGCGGAUGAGCAGCGGAAGAGCACCUUUUCAGUGGAGGCCAAACAUACCUAAUGGUAGAUUCCAAUUCCAAAUGAUGUCUCCUUGGAGUGCAGGACAACGAUUACCUACCAUGAAUACGCCUUGGCAACCCGUACAGCCGUCACAGAAUCAAAUGUUUUGGAAUCCGCCCAGUAUGCAAAGAUUUCCUAUGAUGAUGACCUUGUCUGAAGUUUCUGCAUACUUCCGUUAUGGAAGGUAUAAAUAUACAUGUUUGGAUCUCCAAAGGCACCAUUCCCCUGAGUACAUCGACGCCAAGCUGUCUCAACUGUUUCAGCAUAUCAGAAUGAAUACCUACAUCUGUUUAGCAUCCUGUCUCAUCGUUGCUGUUAGCACAGCAGGUACAUAUGGAGGUGGUUCCGGAAGUAUGGGAGGAGGCAUGGGAGGAGGUCCCUCAGGUGGAAUGGGAGGUAUGAACGGAGGAGGAUUCGGAGGCACGAGUGGAAAAGGUGGAAUGGGAAGCAGUAUGGGAGGAGGUCCAUUUGGUGGAAUGGGCGGCGGACCCUUCGGGGGAAUGGGAGGUGGUCCCUUCGGAGGAAUGGGAAGUGGCAUGGGAGGCGGAAAAGGAGGCAUGGGAGGUGGUAUGGGAGGUGGUCCCUUCGGAGGAAUGGGUGGUGGAAACGGAGGAAUGGGUGGAGGAAACGGAGGAAUGGGAGGCGGUCCCUUUGGCGGAAUGGGAGGAGGAAAAGGAGGAAUGGGAAGUGGCAUGGGAGGUGGACCCUUCGGAGGAAUGGGUGGAGGAAACGGAGGAAUGGGUGGCGGUUCCUUCGGCGGAAUGGGAGGCGGAAAAGGAGGAAUGGGAAGUGGAAUGGGAGGCGGACCCUUCGGUGGAAUGGGAGGAGGAAACGGAGGAAUGGGAGGUGGAAUGGGAGGUGGACCCUUCGGUGGAAUGGGAGGAGGAAACGGAGGAAUGGGAGGUGGAAUGGGAGGCGGACCAUCCGGCGGAAUGGGAGGUGGGAACGGAGGUAUGGGCGGUGGUAUGGGAGGCGGUCCCUUCAAUGGAAUGGGAGGAGGAAACGGAGGAAUGGGAGGUGGAAUGGGAGGCGGACCCUUCGGAGGAAUAGGAGGCGGAAAGGGAGGAAUGGGAGGUGGAAUUGGAGGUGGACCCUUCGGUGGCAUUGGAGGAGGAAACGGAGGAAUGGGAAGUGGAAUUGGAGGUGGACCCUUCGGUGGCAUUGGAGGAGGAAACGGAGGAAUGGGAGGUGGAAUGGGAGGCGGAAAAGGAGGCAUGGGUGGAGGAUAUUAA